AUCAAGUAUUGGGUUUUUUGGGUUGGUUUGUUUCGGUGGGGCUGAGUAAAGCCUCCUCUCCUAAGUUGUAAUACAAUUGUUUACCCAAAGGGAAAGAAACAAAUUAGGGAUGCUGUGGUUGGACAUAGAUAAGUCAACUUACGAUAUCAUUCGAGAAAUUGAGAGCAAUUGUCCGUAUCUUACAAAUCUUUGCAAAACCAGAAAUGCAGCUCUAGAAGCAGUUCGAAGCAGCCCACCUAUUGUUACCUUCCCCAACUCCUAAGACUGAAGGAAAAAAAGGGAGAUGAGGGGUUUUUUUGAAAGCACAAAGUGCUUCUCUAGCUCCAAGGCUCCCUUCCUAAGGACAUAUACAACUCUUAAUUGUCUUGGUUUUGACACUUGGUAGCUCUGUGAUCUUAGGACAAGUUAACAGACCUCUCCUGCCUUAGUUUCCUCCCUGUGAGAUGGCAAGGAUAGCAGUGUCUACUUCUUGGCUGUGUUGUGAAGAUGUGUAGAACUCUGUGCUUAGUAGGGUAGCUGUUUCAUGAAUGUUAGCUAUAAAUAUGAGCAUUAGUGGGAGGAAGAGGGCUGUAGCUAUCAGCUUAGGCUAAGUUGUAUUGCAGUAACAGAUGACUCCCAAAUCUUAGUGACCCCCAAACAAUCUAACCUUAAACCCAGCCUCAUCCUUCCUCUUUUGUAGGUCAGCUUGAGCUCAGCACAAUGACCUUUUACGAUAGAAUGAAAGCUUCUUGGGAACAUGCUGCUCUCAGAACAUGAGAGAUGGUAGAAUCAUGCAAUGCUUAGGAGCGGCAUGCCCCUCACAUUUCAUUGUCCAAGGCAAGACCUGAUGUCACGGGCAGGGAAGUACAAUCCUUUUAGAGAGAAGCAAAUACUUGAGAACAGUGGUCAGAUCUACCACAGAGGACUGUUUUAUUCUAAUCACUAGGAGGAGCAAAACCACUGAGGUCCUGGCAUCGUGGAAACAAUGGGCGUUUACAAGUUUUGGAGAAGUCACCCCAGGCAGCAGAAAUCAAUCUUGUGAUGAAAUAACUUCUACCUGGAUUUCUGGUAGGAUUUCAAGGCAAACACAGGUCUGACUCCGGGGCCAUGACAUUGCCUGCUCCUUCUGCCUGGGGAGAGAUUUUGCCUUUGGAGAACAGGGCAGAUAUGGAGACUGUGAAGAAAUUGACUCAAAAUCGUAAGGCAAAAGGUUUGCCUUCUAAUGAUACUGACUGGCUCCAAGAAAAUGAGGGACAGCCCAAAAUACUGGUACCAGUUACAUUCGGGGAUGUCGCUAUGGUUUUUACAGACGCAGAAUGGAAGCUACUGAGCUCUGGGCAGAGGGCCCUGUUCAAAGAUGUGAUGCUGGAGGAUUACAGGACUCUGCUCUCAUUGGAAUGACAAGCUGAUUCUAAAAUUUAUAUGAAAUUGCAAGGGAUCUGGAAUGCCUAAACAAUCUUGUAAGAGAAAAACAAAUUAAGAAGACUCAAAUUUUCUGAUUUCAAGACUUACUACAAAGCAAUGGCACUUACAUGAGUAUAGAUAUACAGGUCAAUGGAGUAGAAUUGAGAAGUCAGAAA